UACAUCUUUCAUUGUUAUUUAAUUCCUUGAAACAGCUUCUUUUCCUUUAGUAGGAGCCUAUGAAUUUUAGCUGCUGCCAGAGUGGCUUUUUGCUCUAUUAGAGAGAGUCCUCCCACCCUAGGUGUCGUGAAGGCUGGCACUCUAAAUUGUCAGGCUUGACUUAUCCCCAGCCUGCAGCAGUCAUGGUAUGAAGGGCAGUUAAUGAAGUCAGGAAGCCCUGAGUAAUUGCUGGCUGCAAAAGAACACUGCUGGUUUGCUUUAGACUCUGGUUUUGGGGUGUGAGACAGUGGGGAAGGUUUCUCAAGAGCCUAAAUUAAUCUCAAAAUGGUUUGAGCUAUUUCACAUUAGCUGGGCUGUGUAGCACAGUGUGUGAGUGCUGUGGGACAUUCCCACCACUACCGGUAGCCCCAGUAGGUUCAGUAGGGUGAAUGCUGGGGGUCUGUAAGCCCAGUUAAUCAUCCUGUCCUGCAGCCAUGGGAGAGUGGGAUGGAAAUGGCAUGUGCUGGUGAGAGCCCAACCAUGUUGCAUAGCAGCCAAGGGGUCGGGGAGUUUCUCGAUGCUUCCCCAGAGCCUUCUGAUUUUGAGCUGAAUCAGCAACUUAUUUCUUGGCUUUCUGCACUUUUUGUUGCUUCACCCUUGUAAGAACCUUUUCUGAUUUCUACAUUCCCCCUUGCCAGUAAUCCUUUUCAGGCAGUGCUGUUGUGGGAAUACUUUUGGCAUCUUUCCAGGUUGACACAUGGAGUGCCUGUCGGUGCUGCAGAGGAAAAGGGAGCAUUUAAAAGCUGUGGGGGGAGGAGGAGUGGGUUUUGGCCAAAUGCUAUGACAAAGAGCUGGUCUAAGAAACAGAAGGGGCUCUUGCCUGUAAGAGACAAGAUUGGAUGUGUCAGAGGCUGGGUCAACCUUAAUGGAUGGUAAAGUAGAUUUAGGGUGUUAGCAUAAAGUCCUGCAUCUUCCCUGAAUUGAUGGAGUCAGGGCUUUACUGCAGAGUAAAAACAGGGAGUCUUUCUCAUUUCAUGAGGACAGGAUGAGGAUGGAGGUGCCCUCCCCACUCUUGUGCUUUGGCCUUUAAAUAUGAUAUUAGAUUAGCAGCAUUUUGUGUAAUGACAAACACCUUGAGCUGCUUCUGGCUUGACAGAAGCAGGUGCUUCUCCUUGUACAGACAGGGUCAGGACAUGGCUUUCCCUGGAGGUGAGUGGUGUGACAAGUCAGAGACCAUGGUGAGGUUGUCCUUUCCAUGGUGGGACUGGUCACAAGUGUGUCAGUGCUGCUGGAGCUGCAGGGCCAAGUGUGGGUGAAGGAGGGCUGCUGCAGGCAGUGAAGGGCUCUACUCCUGGUCCCAGGAUUGCAGAACUCUGGAGUGUGUCUGGCUUGUUGCUGGCUGACUUUUCCUGUGGGAUUGAAAGGUUCGGAAGAACAGCACUUCCUGGAGUAUUUUCAAUUGUCUUAAUUUUUUUCCUUUCUCAUGGCCUGGGUGUUGUUUUUUGGUUUUUGAUUGGUUAACUUCCCUGCCUUUUUAGAUUUUUUUCUCCUUUGUGGUGUUGCAUCUGUCCUAAACCUAUUGCAAGAUGAUCUCUGUGUCAUCACCAGCAAGAGCUGUGGCCAUGGCCUGAGCGAGUCCCUCUUGUUUUGCUGUGCUGUCACACAGCCUUGGGCUCCAGUCUUGGUGCCAGAUGAGGUAGUUUCUGCUUUUGCAGAGGAACUGGAGCACAGAUGAAGUCAUUGGCCCGGGGAGGGAGUUGUGGAAGAACCCAGAGAUCUCCUUCAUCCCAGAUCAGCCUUUGAGCCUGCUCCCAUUUUCCUCUGGCAGGUGCUGGCCCACCAAAGACACGGAGGUCACCAGUGCUAAAUGCAGGUGACUUUUAAUUUAGUUUCUCAGAAGGCAAUGCUUGGUAGCCAUAGCAGUGAGUAUGUGGAGGCAGGCAGAGACUUACCUAACUUAGACACAUGUUUGAAAAAGUGCCCUGUAGCAGGCAAGACCUGGGCAGGCUGCCAGCCCCUCCCAAUAGUUGUUUCCCAAACUGUUGUGGCUGUGGUGCUUGAGCUUCCUCCCAUGGGGUACAUAAACAAAGCAGUCAUGCAAAGGGCAUCUUGGAACCACAGCGUGCAGGCCCUGGGGUGGCUCAUGAGGCCUUGCUGCCAGAGCUGGUGGGUGAUGGGGUUUAGGAGGAAAUUGUUCCCUGUGAGAGUGGGGAGGCCCUGGCACAGGGUGCCCAGAGAAGCUCUGGCUGCCCCAUCCCUGGAAGUGUCCAAGGCCACGUAGGACAGGGCUUGGAACAACCUGCCAUAGGAAGGUGUCCCUUCCUAUGGCAGGGGUGUAACCAGAUGAUAUUUAAGGUUCCUUUUAACUGAAACCAUUCUGAGGUUCAAUGUGCUUUAGCAAAGGGGAAAAUACAAAUUAUCUUUCUCUUGCUGGAAGAUUUUCAGAGAACUGCCUUUGCUGGAACACAGUAAUUACCAUUAGCCUGCACUCUUUAGGUACCAAGGACAACCAGAUUGCAUUGAAGUGGUAUGAACUUUGAACAGGAAUUGGUGUGAUGCAUCAGCUACACCAUACAUGCUUAUAAAGUACGUUUUUUGGGAAUUAGAGCUGCUUAGUCCAUGGAGGGACCAACUUCCUUUUCCUUAUCAUCUUUCUUCUCUGCCAUAGUGUCUCCUACAUCAGUAGCUGAAAAGUACUGUAACUCUGAGGUGAGCCUUACACUGUAGCCACCUCACUGGCCAGUGAGGAGGACUCAAAAGUAGAAAUCAUCCAUUUUUGGUACAAACUUGUCAGGGCUCAGCCUGCUACUUAAAAAAGAGGGGACCCAGGUCACUGAGAAAACUGGUUUCAGUGUAUUGCUUCUAACAGCAUUAUGUGCUCACAGGAAAGUUUGUCCUCCUGCUGUCUGUCUGUCCUCAUUUAUCCUGGAGGUGCAGAGCAGAAUGAUGACAGGAGGGGACUGUGGGGCUGCUGUCACUGUGCUGCUGGCUGGAAGGGGCCAGGGGCCGUGGCAGCAGCCAGGUUUCACAGACAGGCCGUGUGUCUAAGCUCUCUCUCUGGUUCCAGGACAAUGCAUCUGUUCCUGCUGUGCCUGCUCAGUGUCUGGGGGCUGGCUGCCCCGGAGCACUACGCUGUGGAAGACAUCUGCACCGCAAAGCCCCGCGACAUCCGCGUGAACCCCAUCUGCAUCUAUCGCAACCCUGAGAAGAAGCCCCAGGACGGGGAGGGACAGGAGCCAGCAAAGGACAAGCUCCCGGAGUCCACCAACCCCCGGGUCUGGGAGCUGUCAAAAGCCAACUCUCGGUUUGCUGUUGUCUUCUACAAGUACCUGGCUGACUCCAAGGACAACGGGGAAAAUAUCUUCAUGUCACCCCUCAGCAUUUCCACAGCCUUCGCCAUGACCAAGCUCGGAGCUUGUGGCAGCACCCUCCAGCAGCUCAUGGAGGUCUUUCGAUUUGACACCAUUUCGGAGAAGACAUCAGAUCAGAUCCAUUUCUUCUUUGCCAAGCUGAACUGCCGCCUUUACAAGAAAGCAAACAAAUCCUCAGAGCUGGUAUCAGCCAACCGUCUCUUCGGGGAGAAAUCUUUGGUCUUUAAUGAGACUUACCAGAACAUCAGUGAGAUCGUUUAUGGAGCAAAACUCUGGCCCUUGAACUUCAAAGAGAAGCCAGAACUUUCCAGGCAGAUCAUUAAUGAGUGGGUGGCUAACAAGACAGAGAAGCGCAUUACAGAAGUGAUCCCAGAAAGUGGUAUUGAUGAUCUCACUGUCUUGGUCCUGGUCAACACCAUUUAUUUUAAGGGGCACUGGAAAUCGCAGUUCCCAGCUCCAAACACAAAACUGGACAUAUUUCAUAAAGCCAAUGGUGAGACCUGCCAAGUCCCAACUAUGUACCAGGAGUCCAAAUUCCACUACGCAUUCAUCCCCCAGGACAAAGUCCAGGUGCUGGAGCUGCCUUACAAAGGGGAUGAUAUCACGAUGCUGCUGGUCCUGCCCAGUGCUGGGACGCCACUGGAGGAGGUGGAGCGAGACCUGACAUCGGAGAAGCUGCAGGGCUGGAUAGAUUCCAUGAAGGAGAUGUCUCUCUUCGUCUACCUCCCUCGCUUCCGCAUCGAGGACAGCUUCAGUGUCAAGGAAAAGCUGAGGAAAAUGGGGCUGGAAGAUCUCUUCAGUCCAGAAAACGCUAGACUCCCAGGUAUCAUUGCAGAGGGCCGCACAGACCUGUACGUGUCUGAGGCUUUCCACAAAGCCUUCCUUGAGGUGAAUGAAGAAGGCAGCGAGGCCUCAGCUGCUACAGCAGUCACCAUCUCUGGCCGUUCCUUCCCUAUGAACAGAAAAAUCUUCAAUGCCAACAGGCCCUUCCUGCUUUUCAUCCGGGAAGCUGCCCUCAACACGAUCAUCUUCAUGGGCAGGAUAGCUGAUCCUUGCUCCUAGAGGGGCUGGUAGGGCCUCACUUCUCCCUCCUCUGCCUUGGGAAAAGGGGAGGUGGGGUAUUGCCACAAAAUGUGGGCUGCUCCUGGGGUGGUUGGUCUUUCUGUUUGGUGCCAGCUGCAGGGAGGGACUGCAUCCAGCUGGGCUGUCCCUGCUCCUCCCUGCCAUGUCAGGUGAGGGGCUCAUAGGUCACCUCACCUGUCCUGUCCUUUGUGGCAAGGAAAGCUGAAUUUCAUCUGGUACCAGUAUUUUUGUGGCACCCAAGUCCAGCAUUGCUGUCCUUCCUGUGCCCAACCCUCUGUAACUCUGAUCACUUGGUUCAUUAAAACCUAUAGAUCUGUAUGUAACAGACUGCUCUCUGAAUGCACAGAUUACACUGAGCCACUUCCCAUUAUUUAAAUUCUUCUUUUCCAACAAAUGGGGCUCCACACCAGAAAGGUGAGUGGAAGAGCAGCAGCCAUAAGGCUUGUGCUGGCUGGGCAAGGAACACCCUUCUGCAGCUCCGUGUGGGUGGAAGAGCUGCCAAAAGCUGUGCCCUGCUUGCCAGCAGCUCUGGUGUGUCCUGUGUGCCCAAGUGCUGAGAGUCACUAGUCACAGCCUUGCAUAGCCAAGGCUUUGAAAUUCUUUUUGAAUGCUAAGAUUUCAUCUAACAGUUACUGUAGCAGCAGUGCCCAUGAACCACGACAGUGCCCAGGUAAGAAAACCGGUACCUGUAGCUUUGAUAAAAAUAAAUUAUUUCACCUGCAAGUUUACUCCAGGAGCUGAGGUCUCCUGGCCUGCUGCCAGGCCACACAUGAUCAGACCUCUUGUCUUAGGGUGGCUGUAUUGCUGUAGGACUUUUGGCAGGGCUGUCCCGAAGAUGCAGAUUGCUCCAUUUCAGACAGCUGUUUCAAACCAGACAGUGAAAGCACAGUUCCUGUCCUCAGGAGGUCAUGGAAGUGGUGUGUGCAGACAGUGGGGUGCACUGCCCAGUGGGCCACUUACUCUGGAUUUUGUAGGACCAAUGAAAUAGCCACCUUUGUAAAGGCUUCUCUUGGCAGGAACUGCUAGAGCAGCCAAGCAGUGAGGGAGUUAACUUGGAUAGAGCUGCUAUGCCAGAUCUUUGGUCACCGGGUCUCUAGAUUUGGAAGCUAUCAGGGGUUUGACUCUUUCCUGUUCCCAGUAGGAUUGUUUGACCAUCUGUGCAAGCAGUGUGUGACUGGUCCAUGGAGAGCCACCUCCUCCAUUGUCCCACGGGCCAUUGCAAACCGUACACAUCUGAGAGGUGUCCUGCAGGGGCUCCUACAGGUACUCCCUGGGGCAGUACCUUGGAAACAAACUGUGAUGGGCUGGGACCCUGGGAGAAAAGGGGAAGCAUUUUGAAAAUAGCCAAGAGUUCAGAAAGCAGCUCCUCCUCUCCCUGUCCCUGCCCUCCUCUGGCAGUUACCACUGUGGCUUUUCUUGCUGGGUCCCAUCUUCUGCCUGUGAACAUCUUUGAGAGACACAAAACCUCCGGUAACCGGUGUCUUUUCCAGCUGUGCUCCAGGCUGUGGAGGUGAACAGUAGUGAAAGAGGAGGGGUGAGGCAGUGCCUGGGCCUCCCUAGCAUGGCACUGAACCAAAAUGCUUCCCCUGCCAUAGGCAGCUGGGAAAACAUCCAAAACUUGGCCUGCAGCAAGAGCACAGGGCUUGUUCCUCCUGGGGAGACUGAAAAGGGCUGAGCCUGCUGAAGAGGUGAGACAAAACUCAGCCAAAAAGGACAGAAGCCAUCUGAAUUGCCAGGAACAG